AAGAAGAGGAGAGAAGAGGAGGAGGAGGAGAGGCAGCCAUUUAAUAUCUUCCAUCGUUGUUUCUUUUCUCUCUUCUUGUGUUCCUGAGUUUUUACAUUUUUUUUUAUUUUCAUGUUUUCUCUAUUUUUUUUCCUUCCAGCAAUCUCCUUCCGACUCAUUUCUUUUCUCUCAUUUUCCCGAUUUUUUCCCUCUCUUUGUUGCCCAUUCUCUCCAUCCUUCCCUCCUUCCCUUUUCAUCCCAUUCAGCGUUCUCUUAUUUUUUUCAUACUGUUUCUCUCUUUUAUUCCAUUCACUUAACAUUUCUCUUCCCUCUCCUUCCUCCCUUUCCCUCCUAUUUUCCGCCUCGUUACCUCUCCCUUCCCUCCCUCUCUCUGUUAUUACUUCCCUUCUUCAUCUCUUCCCUCCUUCAUCCUCUCCUCUUUCAAUCUGUUAUCUCUGUAUCUCUCUUCCUUCAUCUUUUCUUCUAACGAACGAUUGAACUAAUGGAUGAGUGAAGGAAAGAAGGAGUGAAGGACGGAAGGAAGGAAGGAAGGGCAGGAAGGCAGCAUCCCGGCGUCUUCCUGGUGGGUGUAGGAUGACAAGGAUCGCUGAGGACAAGGGCUCCCCCCCGCGUUCCUUCCCCUCCCCCCCGCGUUCCUUCCCCUCCCCAACCGCCAGCAGGGAGCCACACUCAGGUAUCUUAAUCACGCCACUAAAUACACCUUAUCUCGCCUUAAUGCAGCGCCUGAGCCUGGCCGCGGCGAGAACAAAACUGCUGAGCCUCAUGCACACCCGUGACUCAUCUCCCUCCCCCCCUCCCCAUCCCGCGGGCCAAGGAGCAUCACGGCACGCGGCACUUGUAAUCUGAGUGCCUGUGUUCAGUGCCGCCUCGCUGGUCGUUCCCCGGGGUAUGUGUCGGGGUAAGCGGGCACUGCAGGCUGGCCAUGGGGCGAGGGGGGGGCCGCGUCACACCCGUCGCCCCGUCACAGCCGCCUGACGAGGACCAGGGGGGCAGACGAGUCAUAUUGAGCCGGGUGUCGGCGGCGGCUGGCUCAGUGUUGGCCCAGCCGGCGGUGUCAGCAGUCGCGCCUCGCCGACGUCCGACGCACGCUCCUGCAACUUUGUCUGAGAGUCUUCGCGUCCCGCACCGAGGAGGCGACCCGCGCCCGCCUGGCGUGUGUGGCGGCGCCCGGCCCUUGCUGCCCCUGCCCCCGCCCCUGCUGCUGCCCCUUCUGCUACCCUUGCUUGUUCCUGCUCCCGCUGUUCCUCCUGUUGGUCCUGGGGCACACGGACACAAUGACUGUUGGAGUGGCCGAGGCGCGAGGCGGCGGUCGUGUGGCGUUGUGGCGCCCGUGCCUGUGGGUCGUGGCCGCAUAGACGGUGCUCGGGUGUGUGGAAGGGUGUUGCCGCACCCUAGCGAGUGUUUUGUGGCCCACGUGCGGACAGGCCCUCCGAGGCUUCCCUAGGCAGGCCACGCAGGGCAUUAGCCUCAUCCUCGUCCUCCUUUUCCCUCCCGGCAAGGCUUCCUCCGGCACAGAGCAGCAGCAAGAAGGAUGAGUGACCAGCGGAAAGUGCUCAGGUGUCUGCUGCUGCUCCUCUCCGCGACAGGAUCGGCGGUGGGUCGCAGGAUAGCCGCGUCUUCACUCUCCAUCAAGUUGCUGCCGCCCCCCGCCCGUAUCCACCCCUUCGUGAGCGUGUCGGAGGCGCACUACGACCACACGCACCACACGCACCACCACCACCAGGAGGUACCCGAGCCACACUUCUCCAGCACCAACGCCAGCCGCGAAGUGUUCCUCGGCGACACGGCCACGCUGGACUGUACCGUGCACGACCUCCUCAACGAGUCGGUGUCGUGGAUGAGGCAGGUGGACGCGGUGCUGGAGCUGUCACUCUGGGACACACACACCUACGUGAAGGACGACAGGUACCGGCUUGUGCACGAGGCGGGGGACGGCUGGCAGAAGUGGCAGCUGGUGAUCGGGGACGUGCAGGCGGAGGACGUGGGGGACUACCGCUGCCAGGUGGACACGACGCCGCCCCUGGUGCUGGACGCGGCGCUCACUGUCACGGAGCCCAGGACGCGCGUGGUGGACGAGCGCGGGGACCAGGUGGAGGAGAAGCACUACAACAGCGGCAGCAUGAUCGAGCUCAAGUGCAUCGUGGAGCAGGUGCCCUUCCCCCACGGCCCCGUCACCUGGCGCAGGGGGCCCACCGUGCUCUCCUUCAACACCUCCAGGGGCGGCAUCAGCGUGAAGGGGGACGAGACGGCGGGCUUCAUCUCCAGCCGCCUCUACGUGGCCAACGCCUCGCCCGCAGACUCCGGCCGCUACUCCUGCUGGUAUCGUAACUUCACCAGCGAUACCGUCACCGUCCACGUCAUAGCAGGUGAGAACUCCCAGGCCAUGCAGCACGACGCCCCCCCUGAGAGCACGGCCGCCGCCCCCUUCGCCGCCCCCCGCUGGCAGCUCGUCGCCCUGCUCACCUGCCUCACCUGGCCGACACACCUGGGCCACGGCAGGUGAUCUCCGCGUGCUCCCUCCGCCCCCCACCUCACUUGAGGGCCCAACGCGCCUCCCACACCUGUCCUUGUUCUCCAUAAGCUUUUCUACAUUUCAACGUACAUGCAUUACGCUUACCUACAUAAGUCUACAUGUGUGCGGCGUACAUGUACACACUGACACUAAUACUGGUGAGCGUUUUUCCCGUACAUGUACACGCAGAGAAUAUUGACUCUUUUCCUUGUGUACACACGAGUUAAUACGCCGCGCGCCCGGGCUGAAAAAACGCACACAAAACAGGAAGGGUUCACGUCCAUAUUGUUUGUUCUAUCGCACACGCACACACGAACGUACGCACACAGGCAAACAAAAAAAAAAGAUUAAUGAAAAACGCAAAAAAAUAUUCCACACACACUCACACACACACACACACACACACACACACACACACGCCGGAGAGCCCCACGAUGCAUCAUAUUCCUUCUCGUGUGUUAAUAAGCCUACAAUGA